UCCAAGUGGGUUAUUAAAAAACUUGGGAAGAAGUGAAGAAGAAACUGGGGGAUUUGGGAAGAGAGAUCGAGAGAGCUAAGUGAUUGAGAAAAACAAGCGAUAAUGGUAAGCGCACCAGCUCAAAUUCCGACUAGUUUCGGCCAUGAGCUUAGGGCUUGUCUUCGUUGCCGACUUGUCAAGACCUAUGACCAGUUCAGGGACGCUGGUUGCGAGAACUGUCCUUUCUUCAAGAUGGAAGAGGAUCACGAACGUAUCGUGGAGGUCACUACCCCUAAUUUCAAUGGUAUAAUCUCUGUGAUGGAUCCAAGUAGAAGCUGGGCGGCUAGGUGGUUAAGAAUCGGGAAGUUUGCUCCUGGUUGCUACACUCUUGCGGUGUCAGAGCCACUCCCUGAGGAAAUGCAGGUAAACCAUUUGAAACUAUACUUGGCAACAAAUUAGUAGCUUUAAUUAUGUUUGAUUUCUGUUUUUUUUUUUUUUUUUUUU